UCGCCUUAAAAACCAAUAAGUCGUCUUAAAAAUGCAUAAUCUCUUUCCCCCUCACCGAAAUCUAUCCUGCAUGGCAGGUUUGGUUAGCGCCAUUAUGCGAGUCACGCAACGUAACCAAAUGAGCAAGGAGUAUUUUUGCACAGCGGUGAACACUCGGCAAUUAUUUACAAUCGAGGAUGAAUGGAAGCCAUGAAUAUUAAUUUACGACUCAAAAACGAUCUUAACACAAUCGGAUUUCCAUCUGUUACACAGAGGACAAGACAUGAAACUAGAGAGAAUCUGCACAAGGCGACUAUGGACUGAAGUAUUUGCAGAGUUUCUCAUCACAACUCUGUUUAUCUCAUUUGUGUGUGGAUGYUCGUUAGCAUGGAAUCCUCCCUCGUCUGUGAUGCACAUGGCUAUAAGUUCAGGUUUAGGAGUYGCUACRUUUGCCUUUACCAUGUGGGAUGUGUCAUCUGGUCUUUUCAAUCCAGCUUUGACUAUUGGAUUUCUGGUUGGAGGGAAGAAGACUUUUGUGCAGACGUUACUUUAUAUUGUGGCCCAAUUAGCAGGAAGUGUCUGUGGGGCUGCAAUGGUUUAUGGGGUAGCACCAAACAAAGCCAUUACAGAUUCCAAUCUGGCAGUCAACCUUCGUAACCCGGAUGUUAAUAUCUGGCAGGCGUUUGGUGUUGAAAUUUGGAUUACUUUCAUUCUGGUGCUGGUGGUUUUUUCUGUGGGAGACCCCGAGAGGAAAUUAUCAGGAUACGGACCACCGCUGGCCAUAGGAUUCUACGUCUUUGUCGGGAUCAAUUUUUCGAUACCGUUAUCAGGGGGAGGGAUGAAUCCAGCACGAUCAUUUGGACCAGCGGUUAUCAUGAAUUCUUGGCAAGAUCACUGGAUCUACUGGGCUGGACCAAUCAUUGGAGCUGUAGCAGCAGCAGUAUUGUACAGAUAUGUUUUCUCCCAAAAGAUUUUACAGAAGUACCAGGCUCCCGAUGACCGCUAUGACGAAGGGUUACCAACUGUGAUACAACUGAACACCUACCCAAUCUAACGAGCCAUCAUAUAUUGUUGGCGUUCUGCGGUUUCCGCAAGACAUUUUCUGUAAUUCUUUAAAAAAUCAUUCGGUUUUAAUCACAACAGGCUGAACCAUCAAUCAAUAAUUUACAAUAUAAAAACGUGCAACAAGAAAAAAAAUUAGUAAAAACAAUUAAAAACAAUUGCGGAUUUCUUAAUUAAUGACCAAGCAAAAUUUUGCAAUAAAAUUGCCAAGAUAUUUUAAACAAAGAGCUGAAAAUGAUGAAUGUGUCACGCAUCCUUCCUUUAACAGUCGAUUAAUUACUUAUUUACGAUAUAUGCUCGUGGUUCCACUUGAUGUUCAACAAUUGUGACGUCAAUUUUAUUAAUCAAUUUUACAAUCAAUUUUAUUAAAUUAAUAAUUAAUGGGAUGACAAUGUAACAGGUAGAAACAAAAAAAAUAAAGAUUUACGUUUA